ACGCCAAUGAACAAGCUCCGCGGCGUGACCUCGCCAUUUGAACAACGCUGUACGGGUGAAUGGGUAGACGGGGACAAAAAUAGCGGAUCGUGUAGUCCCGUCGACUGAACGCUCUGUGAACAAUAACAAUAACAACCCAAGUCCAAGGGUUUAAUUUAGGCUGUGUGGUGUCCUAGUGAGCUGAACCUUGUGGCCUAUUUGAACUCAGUACGAAGUGUUUCAUUUCUCUGGCUAAAGGUAAGGAAACUUAAUCCGUGCUUAAUUUUGGAAAAAAAAUUCGCGCUCGUGUGUGUGUGUUAAAUCUGGAUAGCUCAUCAAGAAACAGCUGUAGUUAAUCCAGCCCCUUUGCAAUCUUUGCAAGAGACAGGAAAUCUACGGCGGACAACAGGUAGAGCGGAGAUGGGUGUUUAGGGGUAAAAAUGGAGGUACAUAAAUAUAAUAAACGCUUCUUGUUUGUUUGUUAUUUAUAAGCUGCUACAUUACUUAUUCAACUAAAUCCCUGGAAGUAAUUCAGUCAAAUCUACAGAUCAUCGUUUAGCCUAUUUUGUGUUUAUUUAUCUUUCCAAAAGUUCCACUAAAAUAAGCCAUGACGUCGGUUGUUGAUGCCUAAAUGCUUAUCUCCUGGUGACUUACUUUCAAUGAUGCCCCACCGUGGUGCCUUGAAACUUAACGAAACUCUUUAUUGCCAUUUACACAGAGUAGUCUACGUGAGAGUAAAAGUCAUCCACGGAGAACGAAAUUCCUUGAGCCGUAGCACGAUUAGAUCAAUGAGGUCACGAGUUUGAUAACAUGUUUUUGAAGCUUUCUCUGUUAUGAAGUCAAUGGCCUGUGAAGAAUAAAUAACCUAUUUAAAAGUAUCUGAACAAUCGCAAGUUCAUUUUACUUAUACUACUAAUGUCCUCAGUUGGAUUUGAACUUUAAAGCAUGCAGUUUUGAAGUUACGUUUUCGACACCAGCCUCUGUAACAGUAGCAGUAGCUUUAUUAUUUGCCAUAUUGAAUUGCAUAGUAAUCUAAAGUAAUCUAUUUCAGCCCUUGCAUUUCUUCCUUUAUAUUAUUUUUAUAAUUAUCAGACCAUUAACAAAAACAUGCUUCUACAAAAUAGGAAAAGAGGGAAAAAAUAAGAAAAAAAUAUUGCAUUGAAAUCUCCCAGACUGGAUGAUGAGUUUAUCGUAAUUACAUUUUUUCUAACAGUACAUAAUAUUACUAGGCAAACAAUUGAAUGUUUAACAUAAAAAAAAAAACACAACUUGAGCACAUAGAAGUGAAAUAAUUAGAGCAAUUUAUUGUUAACUGUUUCUCAAAUCACAGUCACACCACACAAUAAUCUUAUGACAGCCACCUAGCCAUCGCAUUCAAACCACACAGCUUCAUCAGAAGCACACGAACAACAAUUGUGGCACCAGACAAACCCCCACAGUCACAUCUGACAACUUUAACACACACAAACAAAUGACUAAUAAUUGCCACACCACACAAACAAUCACAAUCACACACCUUUCUUAGUCAUUCUCGAGCAGAAAUAGCCACAUCACUCAACAAUCUCACAGAUAAACCACACGACCAUGCAGUGCACCCACACGAGCAGCAACAGCGACAUGACUCAAACCAUCCCACCAGCACAACACAACCGCAACAGCUAAACCACACAAAUGGAUCAGCCACACGCACGAGCUGCAUCACUCAUCCAUCACUGCCACAUCACAUAACCAUCAAAUCUCCACCACAAAGCCACCACAGCAGUUCUCAAAUGGUCACAUCUAUCAACCUACCCAUUCGAACUACAGACCCACCUUCUCCGCAGUAAAGCUGCACACGUCACAGCAGUUCUCAAAUGGCCACAUCUAUUAACCUAUUCAUUCAAACUAAAGACCCACCUUCUCUUCAAUCAAACUGCACACGUUCACAGCAGUUCUCAAAUGGUCACAUAUUUCAACCCGCCCCUUCAAACCACAGACCCGCCUUCUCUGUAUCCAUGCUGCAUGCUUUACAAACAACCACGUAACAUAAUGCUCCAUCCAUCAAAGGUUGUAAUCGCUAAACAUGAUGAGCUCACAAAGACAAGAGUGGACCGUGGAAGACUUUGAUCUCAUGCAGCUAGUCUACUACGAUGUCAACGGCACGCCCAGAGGGAAGACAAUCCCUAAAGAUGUUGCCAGAAAAUCCUUGCAGGAUGGCAUUGAGUUCAUUCAAGGUGAGUUAAAUUAAACCAAGACCAUUAAAAUGAUUAGAGUUAUCAAUUAAUGAUAUUUAUAAGUACUUCUUAAAUUAACAUUUAAUUAAAAUAAUAUUCAGUGUGGGGCGGGGGGGGGGGAGAAAAAUAUGAGGGGUUGCUAAUACCGGUAUUGUAGAGCAUACCUAAACUACAACACACUUGCUAACUCCCUGCUCUUAGGGAAAAGACAGACAAGUCCAUUAAUUCAGUUCUUAUCUUAGUUUACACUCAACGUAACAACAUGAAGAAAUCUCAGCCAGCUCUCUGCUCUCAGUCUCUUUACUGGUCACUUUCACUCGCACCAACAUCAAAUUGAAUAAGCACAUCAAGUUAUUUUAAGACUUCGCCUGUUUCACAGCACUGACCCAUCAAGAAUACAUGUUAAGUAAAACAAUUGUGUUGGCUGGACCUAGGGCCACACACACACACACCAAGAAAUACAUGAGAUGAACACCAGGCCGCUGUCCAGUACUGUUUGCACACAAGAUCGUGAUGAAAACCCCGGGCCUGACUUAACGUGACUGUUCGUUGUUCGCCUAACUUCUGUUCCUCCCUAACUUAUGCUCCUCCCUAACUUUUGUUCCUCACCAACUUCUGUUCUGUUCCCGCCCAUAACUUCUGUUCUUCCGAACUUCUGUUCCUGCCUAAGUUAUGUUCCUGUCUAAAUGCUCUUCCUGCCAAACUUCCGUUUCCUGGUCUAACUUCUGUUCCUGCCUAGCGUCCGUUCCUGUCUAACUUCUUUUCCUGCCUUACUUGAGUGAGAGUUCCCGAAAGCUCCUUACAAUAUUCAGCUUCGUGCUUUACGAAAUACACCAUCACGUAAUUAUUUGCUGACAAUCUCUGACAUUCAGGUGAAUGGUUAUUCAUGUGGGAGCUAUUUCUGUUAAAUUAUUUAUUUUUUUUCGUUUAAAGCCCAAGGUAGACACACACAUAACAAAACUGCUGAACAUUUUAAAACGCUCAAGACAGCGUGUUGCUAAAUGCAGAAAGCAAUGUCUUCUAACAAACGUGGUAUAUCAAAUGGAGUCCGCCAAACAGUUUUGCAGGUUGUUGGCCUGGCAGCGGAUUUCCCCAUGAAGGUGAAGGAGCUGAUGGAAGGAUUCACCAAUGGUAUGUUUGUCCCCGACCUUGACACGCUCGUUAAGUGGCCUUGGGCCUGUAAACCAGGACGAAUGGUUGGACAGGUCAUAGGUCACAUCAUUCAAGAGGAUGGUCGGCCUGACCCUAUUGCGAUCCGCAAUCAGGUAAUUUAAUGAAAAAUUAGGGCACCUAGCUUAUGAUCAUAUUUUUUUUAAUAAAAGACUUUUUAUUUAGGCCUAUUUAAUUUAGUAAAGUUUUUUUUUUUUCUUAUUAGUGUUGGGCUUCUUUCAGGCUCCAUUUCUUUGGAUUCUUGACUUCAGCUUACAUUUCGCUUAAGGCUUUGUCUCAAGAUACCUUCUGAAGUAUUUCGUUUAUAGACAUAAUAUAGUUUCUUGUCUUUAAAAUAGUGGUCAGUAAAAAAUAAAUUUAAAAAAUAUAUAUAUAAAUAAAAAGUCAGAGUAGGUAUUCAAAGAAUUGCAUGCCUUAAAAUCACACCGAACAAGGGAGACAAAGUUUGGAACGGCGAUGCACUUUUAGAAAAAAUAGCAAUUGCAUCCCUUUUAAAUGAAAAUGCGUGCAAUACAAAGGCAUGGGCAUAAAUGUAGUGCUUCCAAGAGUUCGUUACAGUGGUUGGAAAAUCGUGGAUCGCGAGUUGCAUGCGGCUCUUGAGCAACCUAAGAGCGACAAGGCCAGUCAGCUACAAAUCGGUUUUUAAAACAUGGUUCUUGACAGGUUCUUGACAGGUUCUUGAAAAGAAAUUUGGCUCUCAAUUUUGUUUAAUCGUCUUGCUGGUGAUUUUUUGGUUAUUUUGACUUUUCACUAAUGAGUUUUCCUGCCACUGGUCUAGUGGAUUAUGGUGCUCAAUUGAGAUCAAAGUGUUCACAAAAAUGUCAUCUAACAUAAGAGGUGGUGAUACUUAAUUGGUAGAUCUAUAUAAGAACUUACCGUAUAUAUAUAUAUAUAUAUAUAUAUAUAUAUAUAUAUAUAUAUAUAUAUAUAUUAUUUUUUAGAUGUCGUUUAUUUGGAUUUUUAACACACACAAAAAAAAAAAAAAUUAACCAUAGCUUUCAAAUUAAAUUUCUUAUAUGAUAUCAGCUUGACAAUCAAGUACGAAAGUUGAAGACGAUGGGUUACACAAUCCAAUCUUCCUUCAGCAUACAGUUUACAGUGUUUAAACGAGCCAACGAUGUGUGUGGGGAAUUUUUAGGUGAGUCAAAGUUAGUUGAAGUUCAAAAAAAAAACAACUCAGACUACGGUUGGUCGUAAAUGGAAGUGGGGUUUAGGGGGGGGGGGGUAGUUCAAAAUCCUUUUCACUAAAGUAUAUAUCUUUAGAAGAAAUGUGAGCGAAGGGUUUUGGCGAUGAUUAUGUGGGAAGGAUUGUGGAGACAUCAUCAGUUAUAGCAGCUGUGUGACAUCAUAAGUUUUAGCAGUUGUGUGACAUCAUCAGUUAUAGCAGCUGUGUGACAUCAUCAGUUAUAGCAGCUGUGUGACAUCAUUAGUUAUAGCAGCUGUGUGACAUCAUCAGUUAUAGCAGCUGUGUGACAUCAUCAGUUAUAGCAGCUGUGUGACAUCAUCAGUUAUAGCAGUUGUGUGACAUCAUCAGUUAUAGCAGCUGUGUGACAUCAUCAGUUAUAGCAGCUGUGUGACAUCAUCAGUUUUAGCAGCUGUGUGACACCAUCAGUUAUAGCAGCUGUGUGACAUCAUUAGUUAUAGCAGCUGUGUGACAUCAUCAGUUAUAGCAGCUGUGUGACAUCAUCAGUUAUAGCAGCUGUGUGACAUCAUCAGUUUUAGCAGCUGUGUGACAGCAUCAGUUAUAGCAGCUGUGUGACAUCAUCAGUUUUAGCAGCUGAGUGACAUCAUCAGUUAUAGCAGCUGUGUGACAUCAUCAGUUAUAGCAGCUGUGUGACAUCAUCAGUUACAGCAGCUGUGUGACAUCCUUUCAUCUGCUUCUACUGCCACGGGUGCCAUUUUACAAAUUUUCCCCAUCCGUCUCUGAUUUGUGAUAGUCUUCCCAGCUCAUUCCACUUGUUGCUGUUUCUCUCUCUUCUCUCUCUCUGUCUAUUUAUAUAUAUUUCUCCCUCUCUAUUCUCUCUAUCUCUCUCUCAUAUUCUCUCUCUCUCAUUCUCUCUCCUCUCUCUCUCGCAUUCUCUCUCCUCUCUCUCUCAUUCUCUCUCUCCUUCUCUUUCUUUCACCUUCUCUCUCUUUCUCCCCCUCUCUUUCUCUCUUUCUCCAUCGCUCCUUCGCUCUCCGUCGAUGUGACUUCUCUUUGUGGUCCGUAGUCUUCCCCUCUUUGUACUAUGAAGUGCUUUAUAUGUAACUUCCUAGCGAUGUUUGACUUAUAUUGCGCUAUAGUUUUGUAGAAAUUUCUCAAAUGCACAUUGAAAUUACAUUUAAAAUAAAUUCCAGCAACUAUACAACAUUCUUCUGCAGCGUCAUUGACACACCUAAUUUAAAUACCACCUGGGGGUGGGCCGAGACUCUUCCCCCCCCCCCACCCCAAGAUAAAGAGGAAAAAAGCCUGCAGUUGGAUGAAAAAAUUUCUCAAAUGCACAAUGAAAUUACAUUUAAAAUAAAUUCCAGCAACUAUACAACAUUCUUCUGCAGCGUCAUUGACACACCUAAUUUAAAUACCACCUGGUGGGGGGCCGAGACUCUUCCCCCCCCCCCACCCCAAGAUAAAGAGGAAAAAAGCCUGCAGUUGGAUGAAAAUGAGGAUCUUAAAUUAUAAAGAGGAAAAACUGCCAUCACCACCUGCCUCCACCCCCAACACCUUUUUUUUGUUUCAUACGUUACUGAUUCGCAUGCAAGCUAUACAUAAUAUCUUUAUAGAGGGCCAUAAGCUUUUCAAAAUGAUAUUAAGAAAUUCGUCUUUUUUUCUGACCCAGGACCUGACAGUCUCCUUGGAGUAGCCCCAUACGAUAGCAUCGGCGUAGAAGACUGUAUGCUGGACGUGUGUCAGGAACUGAUGGAUGCUGGGAUAGAGGUGGAGUCGUGGAGCAGCCUACCGAGCAAAGGUUUGGCAUUUAUCUACCUUAAAUCUUAAUAAAAAUGCAGGAUCAAUCAAUCAAUCUUUUUUAACUAAACGUAGUAUUGUACACCUUUUAUAUACGUAAAGUAACAUGGGUCUAUCUUCAAACUGAGUAAAGUAGCAUUUUCUAUCGUCUAACAUUAAGAAUUAGAAUAGUAUCGUGCUAAACUAGAAUUAUAGCUUCACACGUUGGGACCUAGCAGGGCUUUCGUUGAGACAUGAACUCUUUAGAAUAUCAAACUUUCCACCUGAGAACGAACCAAGGAGGUCUAUCUGACAUACAGUUCGAUUUCACUGCAAUGGAACGGUUCAAUAUAAAAAAAAUAAAAAACUUUUUUGAUGUCUCAAGAUCACAUUUAUAUCUUUUAUAUCUCUUUCACGAAUGGCAGAGACAAAAAAAAAUGUAAAUAUGAGGCAUACAACAAUGUUUAAAUUCUAACUAAUAUUAUUGACAUUUGAAAGUCGGUUCCCAGAUUUAAAAAGGACUAAGUUAUAGAGCCCGCCGCGUCAUUUCAUAGCGGCUUCGAAUGCGCGUACUUCACAUCUACUAGAGUUACUUGACGAAACAUGCGUUCAAUCAACGCUCUUUAUAAUAUUGAUGAGAUUCCCAAUUAAUACUAUCCCGUCCCUCGUACGUCACCGACUAUGAGCUAUGAUACAUUUUAAGAUCUCACCACCUUUUAAACCGCUUAUUCAUUACACCAACCAUCUAGUUGCUGUUGUUGUUGUUGUUGUUGUUCGUCCGUCAAAAUCGACAAGGACCAUCACGUCAUCCGGUUGGGGGAGGGUGGGUUACGGUGAGCUCGUUAUAGGUGGCUUGCUAGACCGAUCCGUGCGAUAGUUGACGCGGAUAGUGGCCUAACGUUGCUCUUUUGGGCCAGCCUGCGUGUCUCAGUCAUGGUUAUCCUAUUAAGUAUUAGCUUCAUGGGAUUUAGCCCCCUUCGUGACAUCUGCUCUCCACCUGGCUCUCUCCUGGGCUGUCUGCACCUAUUGAGUAGGGUUGAUGCUGAAGGCCUUUUUCGUUCAGCUUUCAGUGAGUCUUUGUAACACUUUUUGUUUUUACCUCCUUGGGAGCGCUUGCUUAUCGUGAGUACUCCGAAGAAUAUCUGUUUUGGGAGCCGGGCUACGUGUCCCAUCCAACGGAGCUGAGACUGCUUCAGGGUGGUGAAGAUACUAGGUAUAGGUUCGGUCUAGCGAGGACCUCGGUGUCAGGAACUUUGUCUUGCCACCUGACGCCAAUGAGUUUCCUGAGGCAGGUUGUGUGAAAAUGAUUCAGUUGCUUUGCGUGACGCUGGUAGACUGUCCACGUAGAUGAUCUACGUAAAACAAAAGUAAAUAUCACGCACCGGAUGCACUCGCGGUAUUUCUAAGAACCUAAAUUUGCGCAGCUAGCGGACAUUUUAUUUUGCGGCAUUUGGAACCUAAACAAUAGUAACGGACAUUACUACAUAGAGACUAAUAGAUCUUGGUAAUAUUUUAAGGGCUGCCUUCAAGACGUGUGAAGGAUAUGGUGGAACAGACAAUUAAAAGCUCGAAAUGAACUGUCCUGAUUUUCAUGUCAAGCCUAAACAUAGCAUGUUCCAACUAUUAUUUCGUUUCCGAACUAUACAUCAAAAUAUAACUCUUCACCAAGGGACAAUGUUUUCGUAGGCAUAUUUAGCGUGCUUAAACUCCAAACAACUUAUACUAUUUCAGGAGUUUUACAAAUAUUACAUACACUUGAGUCUUACAUUCCGAUGAUUGGCUUCUAGGUGCAUAUGAGAUGACUCUGGUAUCUACCGAAGGCACAGCGUCUGCUGACGCAGCGUGUCGAUUCAAACACGGGAUAAAAAGCGCCAUGGCCCAACGUGGCUUUGAGGCAACUUUCAUGACGCAUCCAUCCGGAGCUGGAGACAAAGCUUUCUCCACCAUGAUUCAUCGCUUUUCGCUUCACAGCGCGUUGGGCCAGAAUGUGUUCAUGGACGAAGCAGAUGAGGACAAGCUCUCAGGUAAGACGUUCAAACAACAAGGUGUUUGACAUGGGCGAAAAAGGUGAGGACACGCGCAAAGGUAAUACAUUCUCAUAACAAGGCUUGUAACACGGGAUGAGGCAGGUUAGGACAUAAUCUAAGGUAAUGCAUUCACACAACAAGACGUGUCACAUGGGUGAGACGGAUGAAGAGGCACUCUAAGGUAAGAUAUUAACAGACCAAGGUGAAUUACGUGGUAGAAAGUAGACUGAUUUUUGUCAGUGUUCUUGGAAGAGUGGGGUUUAAUGAAUGUCUGUUAAAAAAACGUAAGCCUUGUUUUUUUAAAUAAUUAUUGACGAGCAUAACUAGGACACACGUGUGAAAGAUUUGCCUAACGGAGUAAAGUGGUACAGUAAAGACUGAAAUCAAGGAAGCCUUGUACAUUCUUUACUACAUCCUUUAGUACAGCAACAGAUGCUUCACUGCAUCUCCAAAAUAUUGUGUAAGUCGCCUUGAAACAAAAACGUUUAAUUUAAAAAAUGUAAUUUUUUUUUUCAAAAAGUGUCCUAAUUCAUUUUAUACAGUUAUCAGCCCGUGGUCGACAAAAGACAGAACGCAUAAUGACAUAUAAUCAUUAACAUUUGUAAAAGACCAGGAACAGGGACUAGAGUUACCGGGUGCAGGGUCGCCUGAUUGAAAACAAAUUAAUUUUAAAAAACCCGUUUAGAAAGUAUUAUUUCUUCCCUUUUGUCAGGUAUUGCCCGGCAUUGGAUUUCCGGUUUGCUAGGACACGGAGCCGCCAUGACAGCUCUCUGCUGUCCUACAGUCAACUGCUACUCACGCUUCAAUCACGACGUCACAUUCCCCAAACGUCUUGACUGGGAGAUCGAUGACGCCACGGCUUGUCUAAGCGUUCGCCUCAACGGACGUGACGUCUGGAUAGAAAACCGUUUGCCCACCGCCGCCUGCAAUCCGUUCUGCGUCCUCCUGGCAACCCUGGCCGCCGGUCUCGAGGGUAUCGAGAAGGAGAUGACGUGUCCGCAAAAAUCUGACUCGGGUGCGGCUCUUGUACCGCAGAGCCUAGGCUCGGCUUUGGACAGUCUAAAAUCGGACGGUCUCUUUCGGGAAGCGGUUUCGUCUGUCCUCCUGCGGGCGUUCAUCAAUGUCAAGGAUGACUACGAGGUCGCCAAGUUCAACGCACUGGAAGACGACGCCGACAAGGCCGAAAAGUUUAUCAAGUUGGAGAACGAAUAUUUCCUCCUAAGGCUGUAAGUGUGGCAAUGUGACAUGAUUCUACGAUACAAACGCCUGAUACGAUAUAAUUUUUUUCAAUGCAAACAAAUGUGC